GGACAAAUGUUAAAUUAUGAAGAGAUAUUGAAUCACCUUGCUAAAUACGAUGAAUUGAUAGAAGUACGUGAAGAGGGUGCUGAAAUUAAAGAAUACUUGGAUUCUUUAACCGAAGAUCAAAGGCAAGAAUUGUAUCCAACUGUCGAUGAAUUCUUACGGAGAUUACAAUCAGAAAAGAAAGUAGAAGGCCAAGAUAUCGAAAUGGAAGAUGUAAUUGCAAACAAAAAAGACGAUAAUCAAUUGAAAGAAUUAAAAACUGAGUCAAAUGAAAAAAUUGAAGAAAGGCCAGGUUUUGAAGGUCGUCAUUUACCAAAAUUGAUACAAAUGCUUGAACGUGGAACUACUGAUAAACUUCCAAAGACAUUCAAGCGUAAAUUAGGAAAAAGACAGAUAAAUCCUAGGGUUAAUAGUAAAAUCAGAAAAUAUGUAGCAACUCAUGGUUUUCAACCAUCUCCUAUGCUUGACGAAGAUGAUGAAUGA